AUGUUCGGCGCAUUCAGAGCAACGAGUCCAGUAUUCUCGGGUCUAUUAUGGAAGAAUCCAUGGCGUCUUUCUAAGUUCCAGAAAGCACGGCAAAGACAACGACUUCGAGGCGUCGAUGCGGUAAUAGCGACUCUGGACAGCGCGCUGGCGAAGAAGGGGGAAACGCUAAAGGCGCUCGAGACGUGGAAGCAGACGAUGCCUACCGAGGCCGAAAUGGUACCCAAGGACAAAUACACAAUGUUUGAUAGAAAUGCGAAGCGGUAUAGAAAGGGCAUUCACAAGCUCCCAAAGUGGACGAGAGUAUCACAGAGAAUAAACCCGCCUGGAUAUUAA